CCCUGCCGCGGGCAGCCACAGCUCCCACUGCCCCAGCUCGCUCCAAACCCCGUCCAUCCUGGCCUGGGAUGCUUUCAGAGUUAUCCUCCAUCCAGAGUGCCAUGGACACCCUGUGCCAGAGCCUCACCACCCUCACGGGGAAUUUCUUCCUAAUCUCCAGUCUAAACCUGCCCUCUGUCAGUUUGAACCCAUUCCCCUUGUCCUGCCACUACUCGCCCUUGCAGGCAGUCCCUCCCCAUCUCUAAGUUCCCCUCAGGCACUGGAAGGCCGUGACCAGGCCGCCCCAGAGCUCUGCAGGCUGAACAAUCCCAGUUCCCUCAGCCUUUCCUCACAAUCGUGUCCACUUCUGGGCUCUUCAGCACAAGAAAGGCAAGGAGCUACUGGAGAGGAUCCAGUGGAGGCCACAAAGUUGGGGUCUGGAGCAUCUCCCUGAUGAGGAGAGACGGCAGGGCUGGGCCUGGGUAGUGCCAGGGAGCCUGAGGGGGUGUGGGAAUAACGAGUAAACCUGGAAGGAGGAAGGCUGGAAGGGAUGUGUGUGCUCCAGGAAAAGGUUAAUUACAAACGCAAUAAAUAUCCACUCAGAUUUUGAAGUGAAUAACCAUCACACUUCCUGGAGGGGGGGAGAAGGAGCACUAAGGUGAUGGCUGUGACAGCUCACACCAGUGUGCCAGCAGGAGCACAAACUUCUCUGUUCUGGGAUAGUGGAAGGUGUCCCUGCCCGUGUCAGGGCUGGGAUGGGUCGAGCUUUAAGGUCGCAGCAAGCCAAAGCAUUCUGUGUUCUGUCUGUGAGGAUGUGGCAGUGCCCAGUUCACCCUGACUGCACCAACGAAGCGGUUUUACUGCUCACACAUCAGUGAAGUUCGUGCUGCUCCAGCCCUGCCUCGCCCUGCCAGCCUGUGCCUGAUGUACCUUCUGGGCACAUUUUUCUUUCCUUCCUGAGAACAUCCCCUCGGGACAAGCUUAAAUUCUAAUAAAGAGCAAAGGAAGUCUGCAGGACUGACCGUCCCGAGGGACUGCACGGGAAUGCUGUGACCCCGGGCUGGGACAGCAGCCUCCCCAGAGGGAGAAGCCCUGUGCCAGCCAGGCUGCUUUGUGACAGUGCCCUGUGUCCCACUGUGUGUGGGCUUUGUGCCUUCCCUGCACAUCCGUGUGCCUGCACAGCCAUGAGUCAGGUCGGAAUGCUGCUGGGUUGUACCCAGCUGAGAUAAGGCACCGUUGGGCAGGGAAAGCCCUUGGAAUUAAACUGUCACAGGUAGAUAAUUCUCUGAAGCGCCAGCCCCCCCCAAAAACUGCACAUUGUACCCCUUAUAGCUGCGUCCUUGGCAGCGCUGGCUUAUCCUGCAGCCUCACCCUGCCUGGUGUGAGGGCACCAGAGGGGAACAUUCCCUGUAAAAACACAUUCCGGAUGCUGAAAAUCCUAAAGCUGCAUUUUUAUGCUGGUUAACUGCUGGAUUAGAGAUGCUUCACUAUCUUUGCACUUCGUAAAAGUGCCUUUAUUGCCGUGCAGGAAAAUCACACAGAGGUGUCGAGUCUUAUAAUGAGCUAAGGAAAAUGGAGCACAAGAAAGCCUGAGGCUGAGGAAAUUAAAUAUUGUAGUAGCCAGCAAAGGCUGAUGUUGAAUACAGCAGGGUGCUCUUUGGGGACAAAACGUUUUCUGAAAGGUCAUAAUUAGCCUGGUGGGAGGCAGAAGUGGGGUUUAAAGCAAACCCCCUGCCCGGAGCACUGAGCUCUUGCCCUAUUCCCAUUCAAGCAAACCAAAGCUGUGAGGGAGAGCUGGCGGUGGGAGACCAGCCUAAACCCCUCCUUGUGAGAAAGAGCUCAGAACUUGUCAGGAGGAGUUUAGGACCUGUCCCCUGCCUCGCCCUCCUUCCCUUGAGGGCACAGAGGCAGCACAAAGCAGAUUUCCUCGUCUGGAGCCCGGGCAAUGAGCCGAGGGCUGAGAGCCUGCAUCCCCCAUCCCGGCAGGACCCCUGGCCAGCGACUGGGUGCCAGGAGCCACGCUGGCCCCGUGUCCCCGAGGAGGCACAGCUGGGGACGCUGGGGCUGCAGGCAGCAGUGCUCAGGCAUCCCUGAGCACAAGCCCUGUUCAGGUGCUGGUAUAAUUUUUUUUCCUGGAUCAGCAGAUUUAAACUUGCACUGUGCCAUACAUGUUAAAAUUAAACUCAGAGCUGAUGUUAAAAGUGCUGCAGCUCUGUCGUGUAUCCUGCCUGAUUUUUCAUUUUGUCUUGCUUUAAAGAGCAUCCCCAAGGCUAUGAGGUUUCUAGGAAGCAGGAGUUUCUUCGGGAAUCCAAGCUUGUUACCAGUUUAUCAAAUACUCAGUACACUCUUUAAAUAUUUCACGGUUUGGAAGGGGCCUGUAUGGCUAAUGGGGACAGAGAGUUUGGGGACACAUAAAGCCAGUGUUCCCCUUCAACAGCCCACGCAGGAGCACUCACACAGCAGAGGAACUGCUGAUGGAGCAGGGGGGAAAAACCACCAGCACAGACCUGGCUCACAGGCAUCCACCAGCCAGAAAUGGAGAACGACCCUCAGGAGCAAAAUCCCUCCAGUGCAAGGCCUCACACUCCUUGUGCUUUACAGGUAAAAUUGCAAGCGUGAUAAAUGUAAAUUUUUUGGUGGCUUGCAACACGCCGAUGAACCCAGAAGGCAGCCAGGCCAGCCUUUCCCUGCCCUGUUUAGAGCAGCUCGGCAGGAGCCUUCUGAGCUCUGCAGAGUGUGAAAUCACUGGUUCAGGCAGCUGAGGGUGCCAGGGCAGAGCAGAACCACCGCAGAUCAGAACUUGUUUGCGAUGCAUUCAAGUGCUAAUAACCAUUAGCAGCGCAGGGCACAUUCCAGGGCGUGAGCUUUCAGAGCACCUUGAAAGCACUUCCUGCAUGCUCAGGGACUUCUCUUUCCCCCCAGUGCCUCCCAGAACACCUGAAGAUGUGCCUGGGUGGCUGCGCUGGCACCUCCCUCACCCGCUCCAUCCGACACUUCAGCAAGUGCCAGCCUGUUCGUGUUCUCAGCAGGUUCCUUUGGGAGGGCAGCUCUGCAUCUCAGGGAGCCAGGCUUUGCACCUCACUUCAGUCCAGCGGGGACCUCCAGAGGGAAGCCACUGGAUGCAGACGUGAGCACUCCGUCACUCAGAUUUCUGCUCUUCAUCCACCCUGCAGAUCCUGGUGUUUUUAAGGAACAUCCAUUGGAAAGGUACAACACAGACAUGCUGAUGGCAGCGCUCCUGCUCCGCCUGCUCCUGGUGGCCCUCAGCCACUGCCACGAGGUGCCCUGGACGUACACAGGAGAAGGAGAGCUGGAUGAAGAGCACUGGGGACAGCACUUCCCAGACUGUGCUGGCAAGCAGCAAUCCCCGAUUGACAUCCAGAGGAGGAAGGUGAGGUACAACCCCCUGCUGCAGCUGGAGCUCGGUGGCUACGAUGGGCCCCUGCAGGGCCAGCUCAGGAUGACCAACAACGGCCACUCUGUUCAGAUCGAUUUGCCACCCACCAUGAACAUCUCCAGAGGGCUCCCAGGUGUCUACACAGCUGUCCAGAUGCACCUGCACUGGGGAGGGCUGGACCUGGAGACCAGUGGCUCGGAGCACACCAUCGACGGGAUGCGCUACUUCGCCGAGCUGCACAUUGUGCACUACAACUCUGCUAACUACUCCAGCUUUGAAGAAGCCAAAGACAAGCCCCAGGGGCUGGCUGUGCUGGCCUUCCUGUACACGGAUGGGCACUUUGAGAACACCUACUACAGCGAAUUCAUUUCCAAACUGGCAAGGAUCAGGUUUGCAGGUCAGUCAACCACGCUCAGCUCUCUGGACAUCCAAGCCAUGCUGCCAGAAGACCUCUCCCACUUCUACAGGUACCAGGGCUCGCUGACCACCCCCCCGUGCUCCGAGAGCGUGAUCUGGACCAUCUUCCACUCCCCAAUUGUCCUGUCACACACUCAGGUCCAGCUCCUGGAGAACACCCUGCUGGACUGGCACAACCGCACCCUGCGCAACGACUACCGGCACGCGCAGCCGCUGCAGGGCCGCGUGGUGGAGGCCUCCUUCCGAGCCCAGCGGGGCCAGGCACAGUGUCAUCCAGAGGAAUUCACCCUCAGGCUGGAUCAAAUCCAGAUGCAGCUCCAGGACAUGAAGACAGAGUUGCUGAAUGGACUGAGCCACACAGGUACAAAAUCCAGCACCUUUCCAGCUUUCUACUUCCCCGUGGAAAACAUUGAGAGCGUUGUGGAGGUUCAUCCCCUCCGUGCUGUGUCUCUGCAAGCCUUCACGCUGUGUUUCUGGAGCAGAGCCCAGCCCGUCGGCAGCCAGACCAUCCUGUCCUACUCCACUGGGGAGAGCGACCACGAGCUGGUGGUGACCGUGGGCACAGAGCUGGGGCUGUGGGUAGGAGGCCACUUCCUCAGCUUCCCCCUGCAGCACGAGGCUCGGGGCUGGCUGCACCACUGCGUGACCUGGGCCUCCGCGGAGGGAACGGCCAGCCUCUGGCUCAACGGGGCAGCUGGCAAAGCAAAGAGUGUCCAGAAGGGCUACGUGAGCCGGGCUGGGGGGACGCUGGUCCUCGGCAAGGACAGGGACGCUCUGCUUGGCACCUUCUCCAAUGGCUUUGCGGGCUGGAUGAGCCAGGUGAACCUGUGGAGCCGAGUCCUCAGCGCCACGGAGGUUCGGGCGCUGGCGCUGUGCAAAGCAGGGCGGCCCACGGGGGACGUCGUAGCCUGGGGACAAACCCCCAUGGCCCUCCUCGGGGGGGUGCUUCUGCAGCCCGACACCAGCUGCCAGUGAGCACAGCCUCCUCUGAAGGCGUCCAGAGAGUCUGAACUGCUUCUUGGGAAAACUGAGAAAAACUGGGGUGGAUUGCUUGUUCCUCCUCCUGAUUUGUAAAGGCUCACUGUGCACCUCCUGGUGCUCCAGGGUGCUUUUCCAAGAGACCAAGCCUUCAUCUGUGAGAUAAAAGCAAUGAACUGCAGAAUCUGGCACAAUCCAGCACCCUGGGUUGUUACGUCCCUCCCAGGGGGUUGAUUUAGAUCCCCACA